UUCGGAAAUAUUAAUUUUAUCAACUUACCAACUAACCAACUUAGUUUGGAAAAACUAGCCUGCCUACUUAUUAACAAAAUAUUGGUAUAUUAAAUUUUGGUGGUACUGAACAUUAACAAUGACCACAUACCACAAGAUCUAUAUGAACCAUGUACAGUCCAGUAACCUCCAAUCACAGCUGUGUGCCAUGUGGAAAAAACAGACUCUCUGUGAUGCUUUCAUUAAAUCAGACACUACCUUAGUCAGGGCACACAGAGUAGUUUUAGUGGCCUCUUGUCCUAUGUUACAAUCUAUGGAGAAUUCCACCUCAGGUUCCCAUUUAGAAAUCCGUGUAACCUCUGACAUCUGUAGGGAGUCCAUCAUCACAUUUCUACAGUAUCUCUACGAGGGCUUUCUGAUGUUAACUGAGGAAAACUGCCGGCAGGUGGAGAAGUUAGCUCGGAUGUUCCACAUGGACAACAUCAUCAACUGCUGUACUGACUUCAAUAAGUGUUUGUCCUCCUCCAGUCCCUUUAUCUAUAGCCCUUCAGAUCAGGCUGAAUUUAAACAUGUCCGAAUCACUAAGUUGAUGAAAGUGCAGGAUUGUUCUCAAAAGCGUUCACAGACAUUUGAAAAUUCAGGCAGGCUUCAAUCCAAGAGAUUCCGUCAGUCAACCUCCAGAAUAAAUGAAUCGUUUGAUAAUACCAGUAAUGAAAGUUGUACAGAGCAACAAGACUCUUGGCAAGGACGUGUUCAGUUUCAAAAUGGUACUAGACAAGAGGGGAUUGAGUUAUUCCAAGUUCCCCCAUCAAGGGACACAGUGUCAAAAACAGUUCCUCCACAAACUGUUUCUCUGUCUCUUACAACACAGUCCAGCACUUCAACAGAUAAAGGAACAAUCGAUUUUACCAAGUCCCAGACAGAAAUAUCUACCUCAGUGAACAAUCCUACCUCUGAUACCUUGAAUGAUACAGGUCUUGUUGAUCUGUCUAAAGUGUCUCCAUUUUCCACCCCUUGUAUAUCUGAAGUAAGAUCCUUACAGACUGUUGAUUCUAAUCCAGAAGAACGAUUACAAAGUGAUCCUUUCCCUGUUACACAUGCAAAAGUACUACAGUUUAGUGACUCUAUCUCACAGGGAUCUUCUGAUUCUUGCAUUUUAAUAACUGGGGGUGUGGGGAAAGACAAGCAACCAAAUCAAGAUUUAGCUUCACCAAUACAAAAGAUUGGAACACAAAACCAAACAAAGUCCCAGAGAAAACUUGGAGAAAAAGAAAGAAGGUAUUCUACUUGUAAUAAUUAG